UUGAUCCUUGUAAGCCACCAUCCACAGUUUCAACUACUUGAUUGAAUCAUUUGACUAUCAUAACACCGUAGCUGAAAACAAAAUAAAUUAAAGGGGCAAAGAUGGAGCCUAGGAUGGAAAAUAGGGUAGGUGUUCUCUCCCCGCUGGAGGAGUCAAGUGCGGAGGUGAGUCGGGACAGUGGCAUCGUGUCGCAGAGUGCGAGCAGUUUAUCCAUGUUGAGCGAGGCCCUAAGCAGUGGCACCGUGUCGCAAAGCCCCAGCUUCGGCGCAGCAGUCUCGCAGAGUCCGAGCUUCAACUCCGAGGAACCCGACACGGACCCAGACCACAACCAGGAGGAUGAGAUCCUGAGACACACUGCCCUCAGUUACUCCUCCUACAUCAGAGAUACUGCUGGAGACGAGAUCCUGUGUUUGGAGAAAAGUCUGGAGGAAAUGCUGACCAGGGUGGAUGAAUUUGUUGGAAUGCUUGACAUGAUCCGCAACGACACAUCACAGAUUGUCAACGAGAAUCUACCUCAAAUACAUAGAAAAUCAGAAGAGAUGAGGCAAUUAUACAGAAAGAUUGACAAGUUGAAUGCGUUUGUGAAGAUGGUGGGUGCCAAUGUGAAUGUCAUGGAGGAGCAGGUCACUCAGGCAGAAAGGGAACAAGGAACCCUGCCGGGUGCCUUCAGAAAGAUCUUCCAUACCAUUAGUGUCCCGGGAUUUCUAAAUAAACCAGCCAGCCCCAGAAGGCAGCAGCAUCAGGAGCUUCCCCCAGUGUUCAGAACAGAUGAUUAUUUCAUCCCACACCCAGGACACUGAAAGUUUAUCUCAACUGGCACCCUAUUCCUUACAUAUUGUACAACUAUUAACCAGGGCCCAUAGGCUCUGGUCAACAAUAGUGCACUAUAUAGGGAAUAGGGUGCCAUUUAGGAGGCAACUUGAAACCGAUGCCUGCAGCUUCCACACAUCACACAUGCAAUGGCCAGCCUAACUCCUCUAGGCCAGGCGACCUCAGUCUGCAUGGCUGUCUUGACUGGACCAGAGCCAUAGAUGGAAAUGGUUCUGGACCUGACUAUAGACAAUAAUACUAGUUUCCUCUGGACUGGAGGAUCUGACGGUACAACAAUUUCAACAAGCAAUAUAGUGUUGGCUCUCUCUCGCUAACAAGUGGCUGUGAAGACACUGAAGAAAUCAGACUGAAUGCGGACACCUGAAAAAGGAAAAUGGUGUUAUUGAUCAAGACUCUGUUUUUCAAGUGCCUCUGAGUGUUUCCCUUUAUUUUAUUGCGUGGUCACCUGUUGAAUGAAAUUGCUGUAAGGAAAAUGUUAUUAAUCAUCACACUCACCCUGUUAAAUAAAAUAAGUAAAUAAAAAAUAAAAUCACCAACAGUAUGAUUUGAAGUAUAUGAUGUUCAAGCUUGAGUAAACCUUAACAUGACAUGGUAUUUUAGUUUUAGUGACAUUCUGUCUGUAGACACAUCUGUUUUUAUAAGGCUAUUGUUUCCUGUUUGUAUGGGCUAAUGCUGGAGUGGAAUUGGCACUUUGUAAUUCUCCACACACUGCACCAAGCAACAUGUAUUUGUUUAAUAUAAUAUUAUGUCAUAGUUGUAUAUUAUUUGAAAGUUUUGUCACUAAUAAUUAUCAAUAAAGUGGUUUCUUAUUGACUUUA